GGUGGGUCGCCGCCUCUGCCCUCCCCGUGGUGGAGCGGGGAGCGUCUGCCCUUCAUCCGCUGCUCGUCGUGUGUCGUGGAGCGUCUGCUGCGGCGCCUGUGGCCCUGGCGCAGUGCUGCCCCUGGACCAGCAGCAUCAGCGUCGCCUGAGCCCCCGCCGGUCCUGAACCGGACACUGGGCGCGCGGCUCGGCAGUGCCUGCAGGUGACGCUCGUGCAUGACCCGUCCGGGGGCUUGGGGAUGCCGCAGUGAGCAGGACACCACCUCCGAUCUCGUUUUUCAGGCAUGACGUUACGUUUCUUUAGCAGAGAACGCUGGGUAUUUUCGUUUUGUUGUGGCUGAAAGCCUGGCCGGCAGCUGUGCUUCGCAGAGAGAAGGCGGCCAGCCGUUCCAAAUUAGUCCCUUUGUGUUUAGUCACUUCCCUGUCCUGCUUUUUGUCACACUUGUCUUCAAAUCCAGAGGCUCUCCGAGUUUUGCUGGAGAGUCUGUUCCUCCUCUGCUGCAGAUCCCACUGUUGACUCUAGGAAACAGCUUUCGUUAUUAGUCAGGAAGUUUUUAUUAAAAACCUUAAACUGUAAAAUAUAACUCUGCCAUACAUCUGGGGCUGUUGCUAGUUUGGGAUCUUUUAAAAUUCGUGUUCAUGCCUAGUGGUUAUGAGGUUCACUCAAGUGGUGCAAAACCAGACUGCAAAGCAGGGGCUUAUUGUUCCCCCAGCCCCGAGGGAAAAAACUUUAGGUUCCAUCCUGGGAAGUAUUACGUUCCCUCUUUGAGAGAUCCUUGUACUUGACUGCUUAUCCUCCUUGUUCUGUCAUAUUGCUAAAAAUCCGUCUGAGUUUCACAGCUGUUCCUUUCGGCUUGGGGCCACUGUGAUAAACUUGAGUGUGUGCCCUAUUUCAAGGGUGCUGCUGUUAUCUGGUAUAGCCACUUGUUACCAUAAAAAAUUCUUGCCAAGUAGUAUCCAGAUAGGCUGGUAUUAAGGAAAAUAUACAUUGUCUAUUAACACAAAUGAAUUGUCUUUGCUAUUCAUAAAGUGUUGUAAGAUCUUAAGAAUUUUUACAGCCAAAGCCAGAAAUCCCUGUUCUUUACAUGUAUGAUGCUUUAUCUUCCACAAAAUUGUAAAUUAUCUCAGGACAAAUCCCAUAUAUGGUUUCUCCUUUUCUUAAUUAUACAACAAAACAAAACAGUGAGGCUCUUAGUUAUACUCUUAAUAAUUAUUCAGAAUUCUGAAAACUCCCAUUGCUACUUAUGGAGACUUGUCCACUCUCCAUAGUGGGACUCACUGCACUCCUUGGUCAGAGCCUUUGGGAGCAUGGUGCUGGUUGUGCCGAUCUCUGUAUGUCCUUUCAGGGGUCCGUGACAUUCAGGGAUGUGGCCAUAGACUUCUCCCAGGAGGAGUGGGAGUGGCUUCAGCCUGCUCAAAGAGAUCUGUACAGAUACGUAAUGUUGGAGAACUAUGGCCACCUGGUUUCGCUGGGUCUUAACAUUUCUAAGCCAGAUGUGGUUUCCUUAUUGGAACAAGGCAAAGACCCUUGGCUGGGGAAAGGAGAUGUGAGAAGAGAUCUGUUUUCAGUUUCAGAGUCAAAUAGUGAGAUUGAAGCAUUUUCUCCCAAAAAAUUCAUAUAUGAAGGUGACUCAUCCCAGUAUUUGAUAAUGGAAAGAAGUCUAAGCCAAGGCCCUGAGUCUUCCAGUUUUAAAGGAGGCUGGAAAUAUGAGGAUGCUACUGAAAUGCUGCGAGGAAAUCAAGGAUGUAUUAGGCAAGCGACAGUCUCUCAUCAAGAAGCCCUGUCUCAACAUAUGAGUAUCAAUACUGUGGAGAGGCCCUAUGGAUGCCACGAAUGUGGAAAAACUUUCAGUCGGCGCUUUUCCCUUGUGUUACAUCAGAGAACUCACACUGGAGAGAAACCCUAUGUAUGUAAGGAAUGUGGCAAAACCUUUAGCCAGAUCUCAAACCUUGUGAAACAUCAGAUGAUACAUACUGGAAAGAAACCCCAUGAGUGUAAGGACUGUAAUAAAACAUUUAGUUACCUUUCAUUUCUCAUUGAACACCAAAGAACACAUACUGGGGAGAAACCAUAUGAAUGUACCGAAUGUGGAAAGGCCUUUAGUCGUGCCUCAAACCUCACUCGACAUCAGAGAAUUCACAUAGGAAAGAAGCAAUAUAUGUGUAGGAAAUGUGGGAAGGCCUUCAGCAGUGGCUCAGAACUCAUUCGCCAUCAGAUUACACAUACUGGAGAGAAACCUUAUGAAUGCAUUGAAUGUGGGAAGGCAUUUCGCCGUUCUUCACACCUUACUCGACAUCAGAGCAUCCAUACUGCCAAAACCCCCUAUGAAUGUAACGAAUGUAGGAAAGCCUUCCGUUGUCACUCAUUCCUUAUUAAACAUCAGAGAAUUCAUGCUGGAGAAAAGCUCUAUGAAUGUGAUGAAUGUGGUAAAGUUUUCACAUGGCAUGCGUCCCUUAUGCAACAUAUGAAAAUUCAUACUGGAGAAAAACCCUAUGCAUGUACUGAAUGCGACAAAACCUUUAGUCGGAGCUUUUCCCUCAUUCUACAUCAGAUAACUCAUACUGGGGAGAAACCCUAUGUAUGUAAGGUAUGUAAUAAAUCCUUCAGCUGGAGCUCAAACCUUGCUAAACAUCAGAGAACACAUACUGUAGAGAAUCCCUAUGAAUAUGAAAAUUCAUUUAAUUACCACUCAUUCCUUACUGAACACCAGGGAAUUCACACUGUAUAGAAAACCUAAGAACGUAUGGAAUUAAAUAAAAAAAGCAGUUAAUGCCUUACUUUGACUUCAGAGAAUUCUUAGAAAGAAGCCUUAUGUGAAUAUGUUGAAUGUGAAGAAAUGUGGUCCAUGCUUUAUUCAACAUCCUGGAGAAAAACCCCAGGAAUGUGUGGGAAAGCCAUUAACAAACAGCUGCUUGUUCUUUCUGUAAUAUCAGAAGAUGACAUCAAUCAGUAUUGAGAAGACUCUUCAUCCAGCAGGAUUCCCUUAUUCUACAUUUGUAAAUUCCUGCCAGGGAAGGACCCAUGUCCAAUAAAUGUGAGAAGGCUUUUCAUUGGAUAUUGGCCCUCAUUCUGCAUCUGUCAGCUCAAGCAGGACAGAACACAUGAGUAAGGGUGCACUUUUUCAUGGACGUCAGAAAAUUCAUAAUGAAGCAAAGGCAUAAAAAACCAGUGAUUUGAGAACAGCUUUGUAUACCAUGUAAUAUUUAUUAAACUUUAAAAUACUCUUCUAAAGAGAAAAGGCAACCCUGUAAAUGAACUGAAUAUAGGGUGACUUUGCAAUAUUUCAAACCUACAGAAUUAAAUGGGAAAAAACGACCAUUGUAAUGAGUGUGGCAAAAUCUUAAAGAGUUCUGAGAAGUCAUACUAGAGGGAGUCAGUUUGGGAAAGAGUUUUUUAGGGGGGUAAUUUUUUUUGUGUGUGAGGAAGAUCAGCCCUGAGCUAACAUCCAUGCUAAUCCUCCUCUUUUUGCUGAGGAAGACUGGCCCUGGGCUAACAUCUGUGCCCAUCUUCCUCCACUUUAUAUGGGACGCUGCCACAGCAUGGCCUGACAAGCAGUGCAUCGGUGCAUAUCCAGGAUCCAACCCUGGGCUGCCAGCAGCAGAGCAUGCGCGCUUAACUGCUACGCCACGGGAUCAGCCCUGGAAUUUUUUUUUUUAAAGCAAAUUCAGAAAAGAACACUACGAAUAAAUCUUUUGAUUUAUAGUAAAUUAAUCUGGUACUUGCUGAGGUUUUUCCCACAGCAUAUAUGAUUGUGAAAAGACAACUACCACAGUAUUGACUUCAAUAAUGAAGAGUAGUGUGCUUUUGUAGCAACACUAUACAAACAUAAUUAUAAAAACAUUUUUAGGUACUUUUGGUUUUAACUUUGAGAUAGAGUUUGGAUUUAGGGUUAUACUAACUCAUUUUUAUCCUUGAAUCUGACUAGACAUGCCUUAGCCUGAAAUAAAUGUAAAUAAGGCACACCACAGGAAGAUGCAAAGGUAGUCUUCCUCCUUUGUUCCAUUUACAGUGAGAACAUUUCUUUUGUAAGCACACAUUUGUCAAAAUAAAUCAGAUUAUGUUUUCACUUUCCAUGUACACCUUGCCUGCUUUUUAAUGUCCCAAUUAAAGGUUUAUCUUAUCUUGGAA